UUCUUCCCAAUCUUCUCCGUCGCUUCCUCUCCCCCACUCCUCCUUCCGGCUAAACCCCACUUCUUUCCCAACUACGCCGCCGCUGCCGCAAUCCUACAUCCCCGCCGCUCCGCCGUAUCCCGGUGGUGCAUUUCCAUCCCCAUACAUCCUCGUUCUACUCUAAACUCUCCCUUCGGCAAUGGCGGCCACUCCCGUCCCUGAAUCCGCCGAUGGCCCCGUCCUCAGCCUAAUCAACAAGCGCCUCCGCGCCCUCCGCAAGAAGCAAAACCGAAUCAUCCAGAUGGAAGAGUCCGUCGCCCAGGGGAAGGCACUCAACAACGAACAAAGGGAAGUCCUCCGCUCCAAACCCUCCGUCUCCGCCGCAAUCGACGAGCUCGAGAAGCUCCGCCAGCCUCUCUCCGUCGCAGUCUCCGAGGAAAUCGAGCUCGCCAUCGAGCGGCACCGCACCGAGUCUCAACCCUCCCCCGAUGUCCCCGCUGCUGCUGCUGAUGUCGCCGCAGCUGAAGAGGAGAAGAGUGGCGAGACCGAGCGCAGAGAAGAAGAGGAGGGGAGUCAGCCCGAAGCUUUCGAUUCCAUGGUCGGGGAUCUCUUGAAUUUGUUGUACUUCGGGGCGCUGUUCGACGUGAAGUCGCAGAACGAUUUCACGGCCACUAUGUUGAGCCGGACGCACGAGAGGGGCUGCUGCUUGACCUACGAUUACGUGACGGACGAUGCCACCGAUCUGCUGAGCGAGAGAGAUUUGGACAUGAUUUCUACUCUGAGUGGGUUGCUCAUCUCCCGCCCCGUGGAUUCGAGCUUGUCGCACAAGAAUGCUUUGCAGCGGUGUGUUGAGCAUGCCAAGUUGUGGCUGGCCAAUGCUGAUUGUCCAGUCGAUGACAAUGCCGGCAUUUCCUAUGCAGGAUUGAGGGAGAGGCUCAACAAGAUUAUGGCUUCUGACUAUUUUACAACCUCCCCUGAAAGGAAAGCCUCCGCUGAGGUUGCUGCCGCGGCUGCUGCUGGCAAUUACGUCCAUUUCCAAGUACCGGUGCACGGGAUGCCCAUUGCAGUUCCUGUUCAGGUUGAAAGCCAUUCUGUGGAGUACCAGCCACAGCAUGGGGAUGCAGCAACUUCUCAAGGACAAGAUGUUAGCGAUGAUCAGGCAAAUCCCACCGAGGAAUUUCACAAGGAUGAACCCGAAUUUGAAAACCCUGAAGAAAUUGUAUCCGGCGAGCAAGAAGAAACGAAACCUUCGCCUGAGUUCGAGUAUAGUAAUCAGCAAGACGCAGAAUCUGGGGAGCAACAGUAUGUAAAUCGAAGGAAUUACCAGCACCAAAGAGGUGGUGGCCGUGGAGGCAGUGGUCGCAGGGGUUAUCCAAAUGGCCGUGGUGGCAGUGGCAGGGGAGGCGGUGGCUACCAAAAUGGUAGGAGCAACCAAUACUAUGACCAGCCAGGGAACUACUACCCAAGGAACUACAACAACAGAGGAGGAAGGGGCAGCAGCAGAGGUGGCGGCACUACUGUUUACAACAACCAUCCCAAUGACAUGGGGGUGGCCUCGUGAUGAUGGUAUGGUGAGCAAGUGAGCGAUGGCUAAUCUCUUGGGUGUCAUAUUUUGUAGGUCGGUGCUGAAAAACCCAUAGUCUCCUCUUUUCUGGGUUUUUUUGGUCGUUGUUUGGCUCUGCUGCAGCUCUGAAACUUGCUUUUGAACAUGGGUUCGUUUCUAAUGUUUUGAUGAAUCUCACUGGCGCCUAUCAAAGGACACCCUAGCUCCUCAGUUUUCUUUGGGACAAACGUCCUCAUUGGGUAAAACUUCAUGGAAGAAAGUUCUUUUUGCUGUCUAAUCAGAGAAUCGAUCCCUAGUUUCCUGUUGGAUUGUUAGAGAAGGAAAAAAGGAGCUUUGACACUCAAGUAAGCUUGCAGUGGACAGCUCGGGAUGAUUGUGCAAGGCAAGGGGCGGGAUACGGUCGCUCGCUCAAAAGGUUGUGAGAUUCACAAUCAAUAGUAUUUUGGGCA